AAAUCCAAAGAACAUCCACGCAAUUUGUGUAUCAUCUAUGCGUUUGAGAGAGCCGCAGUUUGCAUUUGGAUAUUCAAGCACUAUUUAUGGUCCCUUUCAGGUUACAAAGUCAGUCUCUAACUGAAGAAACACAUCCUACUUGUUGUUGAAGAAUGCCAGUGAUAUAAAACAGGUUCUCAAGAUAAAAAUUCUGGUGUGGUAACAAUGACAGAAAACAUAGGUGGCAACGUUAUAGCUAACCCUGGAUGGUUUGACUGGUCCUAUACUGGAGUGAACUUUGAACUGGCUGGAAAUGGCGGGGAUCUGUGCCAAACUUUUUUAUCAGUCCAGCAGCGAAUUAUUGAAAGUGUUUUUACGACAAUUGUGUCUGGGAUUGUAGUAGUAAUAGCUACUCUCCAUCUAACUUUACCAAAUGUUCCGCUCAAAUCUGAUCGGGAUUACUGUGGGAAGAGAAUAUUAUUAGUGGUUAUGUGUACAACAUUUGGAAUAGAACUUGGAUUUAAACUUGCUACACGUCAGAUGAUAUAUAUACUGAAUCCAUGUCAUAUUGCUACAAUGAUGCAGAUAUUUUGUCUAGCAGCACCUCCAAGUAAACUAGUGACAGCAGUAUUUAGAAUUCAUCUGCACAUGUUAUCAGGGGCACCUAUAGCUAUAUUAUUUCCAGUUGUAAAUACACGUCUGCUACCAUUUGAAAUUGAAAUAUAUUACAUACAACACAUACUGAUGCUCAUUAUACCGUUUUAUCUUAUAUUGAAAGGCGGUGUUUAUAACCCAGAGCCAAUGUGGGACUUAAGUUGGGCAGCGGUGUCUGUUGGCAGUACCUACAUAUACCAUUUUAUAACUCUACAGUACAUAGGAUUUGUAUUUAAGGUGAAUUUAAACAACAUGCUGUGUCCUGCUAUAUCGGACCCAUUCUAUGGACCUUAUUAUAGACUUUGUGCAUUAUUUCAUCAAACCUUGGUCCUUCCUUUCCUAGCCAAGUUUAUGUACUGGAUAUGUAAAAAAGCUUCUCCGCUCACUGUGUGUGAUUUAGAAGAAACCAAACUUAUUGACAUCAUGAAAGGUUGUUUAUCAGGAAGUGAAAGCUCAAGACAGGAAGUUGACAAUCAGGGUCAGGAAGGUGUUACAUUAGAAGCUAAAAAGCACACAACUUUAAAACAUCGAAAUGGCUCAGGUGAUCUUACAGAAAAAAAUGGAGUACUUAUAAACGACUCAAGACAACCUAGAAAUGGACACUUGAAAACUUCCUGAUGCAAGUUCGCAGUUUCAUUUUUGAGAUUAUUUGUAACUCAAUAUUUAUAUGCACAGGAAUAAUGUAUUUAAUUUUAAAAUGAUGUUUUAUAGAUAAAUGUGACUUAGUUAAUUCCUAUUGUAUUAAUGGGUGUAAUCAAGUAUCCAUUUGUAAGAGGAAAACUGUUCUAACAUAAAUAAUGUCACUUCAUUUUAUUAAUCUUUUCCUGUUGAAGUAGAUAGGAUUGAUGAUAGUUAUAUAUUUAUUUAUUUAGUUUUGAAACUGAAAUUCAAAUAAAGAAAAAUAUUCAGAAAAAAAAUGUCCUACUUUUAAUAAAUUUUCAAUUCUCAUCAAAGUAAACAGCAUAUACCUAAUUUUUUCAUCCUUAUCGACAUUAGAGCUAGAAUCAAACUUUCUGUUAUAAAAAAACUUUCAUCCAUUAGAAAAUACUUUUGUUAUCAGCAUGAUCAGUAUGAAAUUAACUUAAAGCUAACAGUGUGUCAUGUCAAGCUAAGAAAACCAUUAAGUCAUGACAUACCUAGGUUAACAGUUUGUCAUGUCAGCCUUAAGUUAUCAGUAUGUCAUGUCAUGCUUAGGUUAACAUUAUGUCAUGUCCAUCGAAGGUUAACAUUAUGUCAUGUCCAUCAAAGGUUAACAGUAUGUCAGGUCAGCCUAGUCUUAUCAGUAUGUCAUGUCAUGCUUAGGUUAACAGUAUGUCAUGUCUGUCUAAUGUUAACAGUGUCAUGUCAGCUUAAUUAAGGCUAUCAGUAUGUCAUGUCUGUCUAAGGUUAACAUUAUGUCAUGUCAGACUAAGGUUAACAGUAUGUCAUGUCAGACUAAGGUUAACAUUAUGACAUGUCAGACUAAGGUUAACAUUAUGACAUGUCAGACUAAGGUUAACAGUAUGUCAUGUAAGCCUAGUCUUAUCAGUUUGUCAUUACAUACUUAGGAUAACAGUAUGUCAUGGCAUGCCUAGGUUAACAUUAUGUCAUAACAUGCUUAGGUUAGCAGUAUUUUAUGUCUGUCUAAUGUUAACAAUAUGUCAUGUAUGUCUAAUGUUAACAGUAUGUCAUGUAUGUCUAAUGUUAACAGUAUGUCAUGUCUGUCUAGUGUUAACAUUAUGUCAUGUCUGUCUAAUGUUAACAGUAUGUCAUGUCAGCUUAAGGUUAACAGUAUGUCAUAUCAGACUA